AAAAUCAUCUAGCUCUGUCUAAGUCUGGAAAUCUCUGCUUAGGGGUUAUACAUGAUUGAAAAAAAUAAGUACCAGGUUUUAGACGCACAGAUCACAGAGUAGAUUAACGUCAUCAAGUACCAGCUUUUAGACACUUUAGGCACGUUUUGCACACCAGGAGAACAAGAGAAAAUGGGUGGCCUCGGCAGAGUCGCGGACAUGAUGCACCACGGCGUCGAAAAGCUAUUUGCACCGGAAGUGGCAGCGUACAACUGGGUGUCCGGAAAGAUGCACAAGCUCUUCGACAAUUCCGUCAGGACUCAGAAUGAGAAUGUCGGUCAGGCCAGCGGGCAGCAAGUUGACUAUCACAACUUGAAAGAAGGAGAAUACCGUUUCGUCGACUACUUUGCAUCAGCGUGUCCGCACUGCACAGAUUUGACUCCGAAGUGGCAAGCAGCUGAAGAACAAUGGCGUGCGAUUCAAGAAGCAAAUCCAAGUCUCAAGCUCGUUUGGGAACAAAAGCAAUGCUUGGAUGAAGCAUGGAAACCGGGUACUUGUUAGCAUAUAAAGGAUCGAACCAUGACGGUUCUCAUGAUGAUGUAUUUUGCGCUGCUAUACGAAGAUGAGAGAGAGUUGUAAAUGUAAACUGUAAAACAAAAUAAAGUAAAAGUAUAAAGAAGACAUUCUAUUUCCUCGUUGUUGUAGUCCGACUGGGGUGCAGACUCCUUAGAGUUCCUAUCCCUAUGCACAUGAUCGAGUAUUCAAAUAUAGUUAAUGUUGGACCCACUCUGCGAGCAGUUCGAUAUAAUAAACAAGAUACGUACUGAAGAUUGUUUGCUGGUCUCUCUGUUGAUCACGAUCGCCGUCUAGUCCUCUUGUUCUUAACGUUGCAGCAUUUAUUUGAUUCUCUAUCAUACAUCUGCUUGCUCGUAUCGGUUUUUACUCGGCAAAUUUGUCGUGUCAUCGUUUCUACGUGUUUCCAUUUUUCAGGUAAUGAUUUCGAUGCUUGUUCGAAGGAGAGCGUCCAUGCUUUCCCGACCAUCAAAUUCUUCGGACCAAAAGGCGAGGUCGCAGAUUUCGAGGGUCCACGAGGCACGGAUCAGCUCGUCCAGUUUGCAAAACAGCACACCGGGUUGGAGCCGCUACCUGUCGAAGGAGCAUCCGUGGUACCGACGGAACACGUCACGCCUGCAGAAAAUCAAAUCGUCGAAUACUACGCUGCAGCCUGUCCCCACUGUGUGCGCAUGAAGCCCAUUUUCGAUGAAGCCACGCAAAAAUGGACCGUCGACCACGCAGGAGAGAAGGUCAACUGGGUUCAGAAGGAGUGUCUGGACGACAAGUGGGAACCGGCUAAGGUAGUUCCUAGUAUAGCAGUUUCUGACUUUCUUGAUUUGACUGUAUCGUCUGCUACACGACCUACUUCUACUGAGAGGACGUUCCGUGUCUAUGAACAAGUGUAUGAAAAACAAUAACAAAUGUUUUUCUCAACACGGGAGUACCAACAGGCAUCAAAACCAGAACUUCCUCAGAUUUGUUAGUGAAAAAUCCUCUUUCUCUUUGUUUACGUCUUGGUGUCCUAUGUGACUACUUCUCUCGAAAACAAAUACAAAAUCAGGAUUUCAAGGAUUGCAUGAAAGAAGAGAUUCAGGGUUUUCCAACCGUUAGGUUCGAGUCCAAGACGGGUGUCGUGCACGAUUUUGAGGGUAAUCGAACGGCGCAAGACCUCGAAAAAUUCGUGGAAUCUGAAUUAAAGCAAUUGCCGGCUGACGAAACAGUGGCCGCUGAUAGCAAGGUAAUCGCGACGAGUGCGCAUGGCAAAGAAGCGGCAUUUGGAGGUAGUUCUUUUGAAUAAAUGACCGCUCCGUGGUGACUAGUUGUAGAAGACAUGAAGAAUGAGAGUGACCUUUUGAAUGUGAAUCAUCGGCGAUAAAGCUGUAGCGAGAGGUCGUUCAAGAAGUUAGUUGUUAAAGUGACUUAGAUUUGAAGCUGUGUACCAGCGAUGACGAUCCUCAGGUGCGGGGCCGACAGAAGAGUUGGGAGAAAAGGAAUUUCAAGCAGAUGAUUUGGUGAAGUUGGAGAAGCAAGCGGACCCCUCAGUUACCGAUGCAAGCGCAGACCACCAUGAUAAUGCAGUUCAGGAUCAUGAGAAGCUGGCGCCAUCGCCUUCAGAUCUAGAUGGUGAACUGAAGCAGAUGCAGCAAUUGCGCGCAGAUCUCGACGGUUUGAAGAAGCAGAUGGGUUCGCUCGAGAAGCUCGACAAAAAUGACAUGAUGAAUCUCGACCAUGAUAAAGCAGGACAGGACCAUCAACAUCUUGCAGAUGGCAAGAAGUUUUUUGAUGACGUGGAUGAUGACCUGGAUCUAGAAGAUGAUUUUGAUCAAGAUGAGACAGCUUCAGCAACAGCAACACCACCAGCACCCCCAUCUGCUUUAGCAACUGCUGGCAAAGAAGCGGAGAUUGAGGCCGUGAAGACCGCAGGAGUGGGCCCAGAAUGGUUUGUUGCGGGUCUGUCUGCAUUCGCCAGCAGCUUGCGCAAUGCUGGUGCACCUCCUACGCCUACGAAGGUAAACCUGGCCUCGCCUCUGGCGGCUGUUUGCCAAGGUAGAUCGGCCUUUCUUUGAGGAGCGUUUCUACUUCCGCGGAACUCAAACUACAGGAAAGCAGUUGUACUACUCAUCACACCAUCUCGGCGAAAACGAAGCAGUGGAACUUCGACCUACAAUAUUUUCAUGAAAGUGAAACUUAGGAGGUAAUUUUUUGCAGAACUUCAGAGAUCAUGCUAUGCAAACUGUUUGAGUUUGUACGAAUAGUUCUGAUCACUAAUUGCGAUUAAUAUGAAUCAUUAUCUUUACCGCCUAGUAACUUUGUGCCAGAGCCAGCGGCCGUAGUUUUUGUGAAGGUGGAUUGUGAGCUGUUUUUCCCUUAUGCUAAUAUGUUCUUUCGUUUGCUACUGCUAGAGCUGAUUCAUUUUCCUUCGAAGAAGUUUUGAAAGUUUCCAUACUGGUACUGAUGCAAAGACAAUAUAGACUUUUAUCACGCGGCGUUGACAGAAACUGUCCAAAGUGGAGCUGCCGACAAAUAAGAUCAUUGUGAACAGAGAUUUGUAUGACAUUCAAGAUAAUUUUGGAACUAGCUUGUAUUGAAAAUAAUCGUGUAUCUAUAGGUCUUUGAACUCAUUUUUGUAACAAGAGUAGAUGUCGAUAUUCACUACGAAUAUUAUGUUGGUGGAGCAUUGAUAUUACCAGUAGCAUUUAUCUUCGGUACUAACGAUUAUUCCUCCUGAAAUUAUGCGUACUCAUUUUCGAUCAGCAUCUCCACUAAAUAUGGUACGCACGCCUUAUCUUAAUCUUCAGUUCUUAUGUACGAACUUCUCAAGUCGAUUUUGCAUCGCUUGUCAAUGAUUGCGUUGAAUCAUUUCUUGAAAUGCAGUUUCAUCAUAUUCGUGAUUGAAGAAUCUUGUAUGCGGCUGGUGCUCGUCUUUGGCCCAUCAUGGAUUAGAAUAUCACAAUAUCUAGUGAAGCAGAAAUAAAGAGUCAAUUCCUGCGGAAAAUAGAGACUUCUGGAACGCACUGAAUCAGAGUAAAAUUUUUACGACAUCGACAGAUGCCAGAACGAGCACCCGCAACAUCAUCAUCUAGUGCAUACUUGUACUUGUUUCCUCUUAAAAAUUGCUGCAAAUGCAACCUUAGAAACACGUGGAAGACCUUGGUUAUAACGAAAAUAUGACGGCAUCCGCAAACAGUUUUGAAUACAACUAGAAUGAUAUCGCGCGUCGUGACUACGAGAGGGUCGGUCUAAAAUGGUCAAGAAGAUCAACCUAUAUUAUACUGAUUUCUGCGUUCAUCUUGCUGCCAACCACGGCAUGACUUGUCUGUGCAGCAAGGCAGCCCUGUAUGGUCGACGGGCGGACUUGCGCACCAUCUUUGUUGUGUUGAAAAUAUUCUCUUGUAGUCCUUCUACGGCUACGCUAAUCCGCUUGAGAAGGCAGGUAAAACUGCGGACGGCGGACACCCUCCUA